GCAGAUCUCUGAAGAUGGAGGUUGAGGACGGAGCAGAGCUCUGCUUUCCACAACUCCUCAACACCUCCUGCAGGAAGCCCACCAUUUCUUGGCCCGAAACAAUGCUCAUUACUAUUGUGAUGUACUUUAUCUCUGUGUUUACUGCUGCUCUCAACCUGCUCGUCAUCAUCGCAGUCUCCCACUUCAGGCAGCUCCACACACCCACCAACAUCCUCCUCCUCUCUCUGGCUGUCUCAGACUUUCUUGUGGGCCUUGUGGUGAUACCAGGUGAACUUGGCCUAAAAACAUCCUGCUGGCUGUUUGGUGACAUUGUGUGUACUCUGUGUGGUUAUACUAGCUUCAUCAUUGUGUCUUCUUCAAUCGGAGACAUGGUGCUCAUAUCAGUUGAUCGCUAUGUGGCUAUUUGUGACCCUCUGCAUUACACCAACAGAAUCACUGUGAGAAGCGUUAAACUCUGUGUGUGUCUGUGUUGGCUCGGUGCUGCUCUCUUCAACUGUCCAUUUUUAAAGGAUAACCUGAUUAAACCAGGCAGCUUUAAUUCCUGCCAUGGAGAGUGUGUGACUGUCAUUAACCACUUUGCAGGAGCUAUUGACCUUGUUGUAACCUUUAUUGUCCCCAUUUCUGUCAUUGUCGUUCUGUACAUGAGAGUAUUUGUAGUGGCUGUGUCUCAGGCUCGUGCCAUGCGCUCUCACAUUACAGCCGUCACUCUCCAGCUUUCAGUGAGUCAAAAAAAAAAGAAAUCGGAGCUGAAAGCAGCCAGGACUCUUNAUUGUGUCUGA